AUGUGGGCCGGUGCACAGGACUCUCGUUGCUCUCUGGCUGCCAGGUCUAGCCGAUGCCACCUCGCGGGCAUUGUGGUGUGUUUUUUUCGCGUCUUUUUUUUUGCUUUUCUUUUCGUUUUCACGGCUAAUACACAUUAUCGACUGGCAACAGCAUGGCACCCGUUUAGACGGGUGGCCGCAAGGUAA